AAACGGAACCGACAGGAAGACGAGACAGGUCGAAAGAAAUAGCAAGUAACAAUGACUUUGCUUUGAAAAUUCCAAGCUCGGCUAUUUCAUAUCUUUUACAUAGCCUAUUUCAGGAAAUUGAAAUUGGCUAUGUUCACAAAUCUCCUUCACAUAACGAAAAUUUUGGUUACAACGGUUAUAAUCAUAUUCCAUCUCUGAACUCUCUA